GAUGUUGGGCAAGUGGAUGUUGAGAAGUGAUGUUGGGAAGAAAAGCGAAAUGCCUGUCAUGAAAUUAACGCUCACGGUUUUAGCGGUCGCAGGAUGCUGGCGACCAAUAUCGUGGACGUCGCUGAUUAGACACAUAAUGUAUAACGCUUAUACAGCGUCAAUAAUUAUAAUUUUAUACACAUUUGCAAUGACCCAAAUUAUGGAGCUGAUAUUUAAUGCUGAUGACGCUGACGAAAUGGGCGAUGCCUUAUUCAACGCUCUGAUUUCGCUUCUGGCGUGUUACAAGGCAAUUAUUAUACGUAUAAAUCACGAUAGUAUUAUAGCGUUAAUUGGUAAUCUCGUCGAGAAGCCAUUCAAACCAAUGGAUCUGAACGAAAAUAUGAUUCGAAAGAAGUUCGACAAGAGAAUAACGACUAAUACACUAUGUUAUUUAAUUCUCGUUUUGACAACUGCCUCCUACAUGAUUUUCUUUUCGUUAUUCAUGGAUUAUAAAAACGGAAUUCUAUUGUACAAAGCAUGGUUACCGUUCGAUCGCUCAAUAUCUGCUAUAUUUUGUCUCGCAUACGUUCAUCAGAUAUUAAGUCUGAUAUUUAUUGGUCUUGUUCAUCCCACAUGCGACAAUUUAAUUUGUGGAUUACUGUUGCAUAUUUGCUGUCAGAUCGAGAUUUUAGAAUAUCGCUUAUCCAACAUUGCGAAUAGUCGAGGAAAUCUACGCGACUGUGUACGUCACCACAUACAUAUAUUUGAAUACGCUUAUAUGCUGAACGAUAGAUUUGCCAAAAUAGUUCCUAGUGAGUUUGCAAUGAUAACGGUGGUAAUGUGUUAUAAUUUAAUUCAUAUGGCUUUUAAAUCGUCCAAUGCCAUUUCUUAUAUACAGGACAUUAUGGUUGUGGCUUGCACUAUGGCUCCUAUUUUUUAUUAUUGCUGGUUCGGCAAUGAAAUCAAGCUGAAGAGUCUCCAAUUAUCAGACAGUAUUUAUAAUUUAGAAUGGACGAUAUUUAGUAACAACAUAAAGAAAGGUCUCUUAAUGAUCAUGAAUCGUGCUACAAUUCCAAUUGAAUUUACUAGUGCAGAUAUUAUGCCGGUGAAUCUUGACUCUUUCAUAAGGGUUCUUAAGAUGUCAUAUUCACUUUUUAAUGUAUUAAUACAUUCGCAGAAAUAGUAAUGUAGCACAAGGUUAAAAAUUGUUAUUUAUAAUAAAAGAUCUCUUAGAAUUCUUAUGAAAUAUGACAAAAUUACCAGUAACUUUGCUAUUUUCAAUUUACGUGAUGCCGAUAAAAAGUUAACAUUGCCACAAUAUCUGCAAAUGAAUUGUUUGACAAAUAAUGAAUGUUUUACAGUAAAAUUUCAUAAAUUCUAUGUAUCUGGUUAUUAUUUUUU